UUUCUUCUUUCUUAGAUUUCUUGAAAACAAGAUCCAAAUUUUCUGAAAUUUACUCUCUAAGAAAGAAAGAAAUGCUGUCAACAACUCUUAGUGGGAACUAUGGGUUUCCUCUCUGCAUCUCUGGGAUCACACAGCAACUAAGUCUCCCCAGAGAAAUGGCAGAUCAUGACAAGAGAAGGAAGGUGAUACAGAGGAGGAGAAGGAGAUCAGAAGGUAGCCAUGGUGGUGAGGAAGAUGCGGAGCGGCUUCAAGGGAUGAGAGAGGAUAAAGAUGUUAGAGAUCUAGUUGCUUUGUUACAAGAUCUAGGCUUGUGGAGCUUUUCUUCUCACACAGCCAAAGCUGCUUAGUAGUGUUUGCUUAAUUAUUAAAAAAAUCUAGGCUCGUGGAACUUUUCUUGUCCACACAGCUAAGGCUGUUCAGUGAUUAAGAAAUCCUAAAAACGCUUUUUAUUUACAUCUCUCUCUGAGUUAUCUUUCUUGUAAAACUGCAGAUCAGAAUCUUUAGCUGGAAAACCUAAGUGUAGUUACUUGUUGUUGACACGUUUAUUUGUCGUUGGUGUGAUGUUUUUGGAUGCUACGUUUGGCCUUAUCCAUAAACUUUGGUUUUUAGUU